AUUUGUCAAAAAUGUUUCACGACGACAAUAUACCUUUGUAUUCACUGAUUUUUUUAUUACAUUUUGUAAAAAGCCAGUGGUACACUAUAGGUGUAGUCGAAUAUCAAGCCUCACACAACCGAAAAUGGUCUCUCGGAGAAGCUCUUACAUGGAACGUAAAUAGAUACAUAGACGUAAUAGAAGCGACUAGAAAUAACAAUAUGAUCGCAAUCGUGUUCCCGGAAGGUACCCUCGACAAUGCAAAAUCAGAUCAAAAUUUAAGACCAUACUUUUCCAAAAUACCGCCACUUGGAAAUCCAUGUUUUCAUAGAGCAGUAUAUGCACCAUUCUUACAAUCGCUUUCUUGUGCUGCCAUAUAUUACAACCUAUCAAUUGUGUUCAAUGCGAUAGAAGAGAAAGAUUCCAAAUAUUAUACUUCAGAUGUGGUCAUCAACGUUGCAGGCAGAAUACAAUAUAGUAUUGUAAAAGAAUCUCGAAUUGGAGCCAAUUAUCUUCAUAGAGAACCAAUAGCAUUCGUCGUUCCAGGCAAAGUGCUUUUUAAAUCUCGAAUUUUUGAUAAUGACAUAUUGUCGUUGGUGAUGCCUUUUACAGCGACAUCGAUUGUAACAGGAUUUCUUUUUUCUUUCGAAAAGACCCUCAAUAGGGAACAGAUUGCAAACUACCUCAUUUGUAGCAACUGGGUGUCGCAGCUACCAUUUUUGACAUCACUUCAAGUACACCAGAUGUGGGCACAAGAAUUUAAUAUGACUAUGUUUUUUUCGGGGGCUAAUGAUCCGAAAAAAGGACAAGGAGGAACGGGAGUAUACCACGCUGAAAAGGGUCCUCUUUUGAUGGAAAUAUUACCGUUUGGUGGUGUAGAAGUUUACCUCUACAACUUUACAAGUAAUGCCGCUGGAGAAAUGGUGACUCCAGUUAACUACACGAGUGAAAAAUUUAUAGACCAAGCGUCAUCAGACAUGGAUAAUUUCAACAUAGAAGUGGACCCAGAUUUACACAGAUACCAAUCCGUUGUUCUUGAUCCUCAACAACAAGAAACCGAAACCGAGGUCUGUUAUAACAAAACCCCCGGCAACUACUUUUGCUGCCAGUUUCAACUCAACAUCUCUUCUGACGUUUCAUUACUUGACUCUAAAAUACGGUACACCUAUCAUCUGGUAGCGUACCGAGGUUACAAAACUUAUUAUAGCAUUUUUCAACCCGGUGGAGUUGAAGUUUGUGCUGUAAUUGCGUGUUUAAAUUCAGAAUUAGGUUCUUGUGGUAAACGAUUCAAAUCAUUUAAAGAGAUACAAUGGCCUAUAACUUUUAACAGUAUCGUUAUUAAGGCCAACUUUGGUAUUCUUCGAAAGGAAAAAAUUUAUUAUAGCUCGCAGUUUCCAAAUUCUGUGCUGACUUCGAUGAGGCCAAUACAUCCGAAUUUUACGCAAUGGAGCAAACGUAAUCUCACCGAACUUGUUGGAAACGAUUCUUGGGAGAUGGUGGAAAGGACCUUUGCGUUAAUCAAACCGCACAAGAAAAUUUUGACUUUUGGAAUUUUUGGAAGAAAUUUUACCCUGUAUGAUCCUCGCGCAUAUGGUGACAAAUGUUAUCUGAACCAACCGCUCAUACUGGUGGUACUGUUUUUUAAUAUUUAUACUUGUAUACAAAGUUUAGUUUUAACGUAA